AUGCCUCCAACUCGUCAUUCGAGAAACCACCGCCGGGGAGACUCGAUGAAUAUUCCGGACCUUGUGCCGCGCCUGCCUGCAGCCCCACAGACAUCAUCUCCGCUGUUUAGCGUCUUACCCGCUGAAAUCCGCAAUCAUAUUUACGCUCUGUCGCUCGAAUCUGAGGAUGUCACCUUGGAUGACAGUCCAAGAUCACUCUACCAGCGAAAUGCGUUCUACUAUCGACCCGGGUACAAGCAGCCCAAGCGUAUCGAGAGCAGUCUCCUCCAGACAUGCCAGCAAAUAUACGCCGAGGCAUCGCUGCUUCCACCAGGAAUCAACGAGCAUACUUUCUGGUUCUAUCGAUCUCCACCGCAUGUGAAAGAUGCAUCAUCACCGGUGGAUUACUUCCGCAAGAUGACGCCGAAACAACGAGCACAGGUGAACCACAUACACCUCUUCACGCAGCAGUUUUUCCUGGAAGACGAUCGAUGGUCGGACAUCUGGGAUGGAAUGCAGAUGAGUAACGAGGGUCGCACGACACGUGGCACAUGCAGAAUUGCACCAAAGAAGUUGACCAUCACUUUUCGCCACACGGACUGGUGGUAUUGGGAGAAUAACGAUCCCCUCGGCAUCGACCCGUUUCGACAGGGCCGAACCCGCGCGCACGAGAUGGGCCGCCCCGUUCACAUCAAUCCCUGGCAGAGCAGCCCCUCCAGACCAGCGUGGGGUAAUCAGUUCCACUCGAUUCCCAGUCUGGAAGAGUUUGUGAUUGAGUUCGAGACCAUCAUGCGAAAGAGAGACCAGCUCGAUGCGAUUAUUCAACAGGCGCUCCAGUGGAAGUUUCCCCUGGACGAAGAAAACUCGAUUUAUCUGGUCGCUGAGCCAGCAUCGCUCAGCGCAUAUAGCUGGAUAGGCGCGAAAGAGGGAGAUCUGAUAAGACAAAGACCUGCUAUCUACCGCGAGCCGAGGACUCCCGGGCAAGAGCUACACCUUCCCCCAGACUCAGAGGCGGAUGUAGAGGCGGAGGAUGUCCAUCUGGCGCCAACUCUGAAAAUAUUUGAUCCUCAGUCACAAUCAACUGCUCGUGGUGGAGCUGUCGCUGGUGGCCCUUCAGCCUCGGACCUGAAUAGGGAGGAAUUCUACGUCGUCUUUUUGACAUGGAGGAAGCAAGUUGUCAAAGAAUAA